AUGUCUUAUUCAAACAAAAGAAUCAGAAGUUCUACUGACUUGCCUUCUUUUGAAUGCAACUUCUGUAGCUUGACUUAUCCUACUAGCAAGCAACUUUGCAAUCACAAGCGUAUUCACAAAACAUUCAAUGCUCCUGUUGCUAAAGAGAACUUACAAGAACCAGUUUUAAGAACCUUUGAAGCAUCUUAUAACUUUGAAGCUGGUGACCAAGGGCAUAUCUACAAUGACAACAUCUUUACCAAUAAUAUCUUUAUAACAUCUGAGCUAUUCAGUAUUUACUUGAACAAUCUUGUAACUGAUUUUGGAGUUUCUACAGCUCGGCAUAGUCUACUUGUAGAUCUUAUGAACACAGCCAUUUGUGAUAAUGACAAGCUCAAAGAAGAAUACAACCCAAAAUUUUUGUAUGCCGGGCCUGUCAACAUGCUUGUCAAAAGCAAGACUGAUCUGAAGUCUUAUGAGUAUGAUAUUUGCAUAAAUCUCCGCUCACUUUUUGAUAUCACCAAAGAUGAAGAAGAAUGCUCCAUUUGCAAGGCCCGCAGAUACAAGGAGAUUGACAGUGAUUCUUCUUUGGUACCAGUAAACACCAUGAAGAUGAUGUCACUUGGUGACCAACUGGUGAGACUUCUUGAGUACAAGACUCUAAAAGAGCAGCAGCUCUUUGAUUCCCCUGAUGACAUAGCAAUUGCUCUGUUUCUUCAUGAUUUUGUAAACCAAAAAAAAUCGAAACAGCAAUUGACUAUUAUGCAUGUAAUAGUGUUAAACUAUAACCCUGAAAUUAGAUAUACUGAUAAAUAUCUCACCCAACUUGCGAUUAUACCUGGAAAGCCCAAAGAUCUUGACUCUUUCUUAUUGUCUAUUAUAGACGAAAUAAGUAGCUUAGGAAAACAUGGGUUGAGCAUCAAAAAGUUCAAUCGCGAGCAGAUUAAAGUCAAAGUUCACAUGGUCAUGGCCUCUAAUGAUAUUCCUCAAGUUACCCAAUUUUGUCACCACACAGGUCACAUAUCCAACAAAGGUUGCCGGAUAUGCGAGAUAGAAAGCAUCAGCUCUUCCCAUGGUAAAGGGAAAUACUGUCAGGGCCUUUGUGCCACUUUGAGAACAAAGGACAACUUUGUUAGAGAUAAAAAAGCUACUGGUAUUAAAGAGGCAACCAUUUUUGCCCAAUUGCCUACCUUUAGUGGAUCUUGCUUCUAUAGACUUAAUGAGAUGUAUUUACUUGGCCAUGGAAUAGACAAACUUAUCUAUAAACUAGCUGUACUUUCCAACACUGAAUCAUUGGAAGCUUACUGGCCAAAGAGUGAAGACGGAAGUCAUUUCAUGAAAGAGAGAUAUACCUUCUCUCUGAAGGAAAGUGAUGUUAAGCUGGCAGGUAGACAAAUCCAGUAUUCUAGAUCUAACAUACCUGUAUCCUUCCAAGGCAGUUGGGAUAAUAUUAUUGACAAGAGAGAAGGCGCACUCCUGGCUCUGGUAAAAGGUUGCUCUAUAUGCUUGCAGUGGAAUUUAAAUGAGAAUAUGAUAGUGGAAAUAGAAAAAGAUUUCAACAUUUGGCAUCAGUUUCUGGAUUCUGAGAUUACAAAAAAAAAUCUAUCAGUCAGAGUCUUCUCUUCAGUAAACAAUUAUAUUAUUAAUAUUGGUCUUAUCACAAGAAAGAUGGAUAAUUUAAGGGUGUACAGUACCAGAUCCAUGGAACAAACAAUUGGCAGAUAUUCUAAGUUGAUCAAAAAUUUUGAUGAAUUGGUGAAUCCAAUUUUAUCUACAAGGACAUCUCUGGACGACUUCCUGGAACUUUCAUCUCUCUCUCCCUACAAUUAUGACUAUAAACUCUGGAGUCCAUUCAAAACUAUACCCUAUAUACAAGAAUUCAUCAACAUAUCCACAAUUACCAAGGAUUUACUAACCUUUUAUGCCUGA